AUGGCCAUGUGGGAAACCGAGGAUGAGUACAGCGGCCCAACCGCUGCUGCUUCCCUUCCGACGCCACAAGAUACCCCGUAUCGAACGCCCUCCCGCCGGAGUUCGAGGAGAUCGCGAAGAUCCGCAACGCCGCCGGGGCAAGGAUCAUCCCCACCGCCCAUUCCGUCAAGUGACCGCAUCGAUAAGAGGUCAUCUAAGGAUAUCUCGACAGAUGAGACCAUAAGCAUCCUGGAUCCUCGCCGUUUUACGCCAACCCUUCAUGCCAACCUAGUCGCCGAGAUCUUGUCACUGCGCAGAGACCAGGAGGAAAAGACGAAGUUUAUCGAGGACCUCGAGACAUCACUGCAAGCGGCACGAGAAGAACAAGAGUCCCUCCAAGAAAACGUCACAAAUACGACCAAGGAGAAUAGGUCAUUAAAACGUCAACUAACCCUUCUAGAAGGCGGAACGUCCUCAGCCUUGGGGGAGUUAGCACGAGAGCGAGAUGAAGCAAUCGAUUCGGUGACAGAAACUAAGAAGCGGCUCGAAGCGGCGCAGAAGAAGGUGCGAGCCCAGGAAGAGGAUUCCGAAAGGGUUCACAAGCAGUGGGCGAACGAAAAGGACGCCUGGGAAGAGGAAAAGCGUAAAUAUGAGCGUCGGGUCCACGUUGCUGAGAGCCGUUUGAAGGUCGUCCUUGAUGAGGUGGCAGCCUACCAAGCCGCUCACGCAAAUGGCUUACAAAACGGCAUAGAGAGCGAGGCCGAGGAUAUGCCCAAGGAUAACGAUGCUGCCAGCGUCAGGACGAUGAGCAUGACGAACAGUAUCCGUUUCUCAGUGCUCAGUGGUCCCAACGCCGCGAAGCUUAACGGUCAUUCUCUCGCUGACGAGCUUAAUUUCGAUGGCGACGAUGACUGGCAGACGGACAAUGACGGCAGGGAAAGCGUGCUCUCUAACCACAAUCACGUUCGGAACAUGAGUAGGGAUAGUGUUAUGUCUCGUAUGCACAGGCGCAAUCAAAGCAUGGAGAGCCUCAGGCGGCCUGGAAGCGUCGCUCGUGGCAGACUCUUUGUCAACCAGUCUGUCUUAGAGAUUUUGGAGGACGGCAUCGGCGAGGAUGACGAGACAGCCGAGUCACAGCCACCUAAACCGACGUAUACCGACACCGGUAUUCAGUACUCGCCUCCACCCUCGCCAAAGCUACAACCCUCCAAGCCGUCUACCCCGGAGCCUGUUGCACGCUUCGAGAAGGCUCAGGAUUGGGAUAGUCCGUCAGGUCGUGGCUCUCCUCGCGGUGACAAUGAAAUCGAGGCAAACCAGAGGAGGAAGCGAGUACACCACGGCCGUCCUUUGAGUAUUGAUCCAAUGAAGAGCCAUGUUCACCAGAUGGUCUCGGCCGGGUCCCAGACGAUUGAGGGGCCCCUGAGUCCGCCUAAGACUCCGAAGUCACCGUUCCGAUCAAUUACUCCGCCGCCAGUUGUGGCACAGCCUACCCCACUGCCCGUGCCCAUGGUAUCAUCUUCGACUCAGACUGACCCGCCACCACUCCCACGACCUGACACCUUCCCUAUGCCUCAGCUAUCGAUUCCUAGCAUCAGCAUCGUCCCUCCCACCAGUCGCCCGACCACGCCGCGGGAACCUCGUUUGCCCCAAUACUUCAAGGAUUUCGGCUGCCAGGUGAACAUGACGAAGACGGUGGAGGUGUCAUCGAUUGCGGUACAGACGGAAGAGAUUCGAAUCGACCAGCGUCUUGCCCAACUCCCCGAGCAUCUGCGUCCUUCGGCCAUCACCUCGCGGCCCCCCACACCGGCCAGCCCAAUGGAGGACGGGCGGCAAUUCACCCCUAUUCCUGGCAACCUGCCACCUAGGAACCCUAGGCGCCUAUUAAGCAGGACAAGUGUGCCAGAGAUCCCGUCCUCACCCCCGCCUCAAAUCCCGACCGGUCCAGAGGAGACUCAUGAUGCUUAUCCCGGCAAUAACGACGAUGGCCCCCUGUCCAGCCAGAAGGCCCCAGUCAAGCGACCUCACCGAAUCAGCAGCCUCUUCGCAGGAUUCGAUGGUGGCAGCUCUGACGAAGCUGAUGAAUUCGCAGAGGCCGAUGUUAGCGACUCGGAAUUCCGAACCGCCUUAUCCGCCCCUCGACCAAAGGGGGCCACCAGCGCUGCGCCUAGGACUUCUAAACGAAAUUCUUCCGGAACUUCCAGUUCCAUGUCUCCCGAACAGUUCAUGUCGUCACGCCGCAAUUCUAGUAGGAGUUCGGUAAGGCCUCUAGGCAGCGCGGAGAUAUAUAGUAGCUAUAGUCUUCCUGAGGGACGUGAACCACUCUCUAGGCGACCAUCAUUGAAGCGCUCUCUUCGGUCUUACGAAAAGACGGCGGUGAUUGGAACCGCCAGCAAGGUCAACAUCAUGCGCAGGGCAGCUAUGAUCCAAAGCGGAAUUGCUACCCAUCAAGGACGAGCUCGAACCCCGAGCUUCACCGACGCUCGUGACCCGCCAUUCCCUAUUCCCACGAGGGCUAGCUCCCGACGACCACCAAUUAGCGCCAGCGCGCCAAGUGAUGGCCAACGAAGCCCCACGCGAUCUGGUGAAAGCUGGCAUCGACGAGGUAGCAGUCGGAGCCACUACCGUGCCAACAGCAUCCGCAAGGUUCGUUCUGCGGCAGCAAUUCCUGUCAAGCCAAGGUAUAGGAGACAUGGCAGCAGAUCACCGCCACCGCUCUUCCAUGAACCCAUUGACCCCCCUGAGAGUCCAAGCCUCCCUCCACUUCCAUCCAACGAUAUCACCACCCCUCGAAACAGGGCGGGUAGUGGAACGAGGUACAGGGUUCAUCAGUCCCAGCCGUCCACCAACACAGCCUUCACUAGUUACACGGACUAUGCAGCCUCCACCUCUCAAAGCACUGGCGUUGUUGACGCCAUCGCUCAGACGAUGGUUGGUGAGUGGAUGUUCAAGUACGUGCGAAGGAGAAAGUCUUUUGGCGUUCCAGAAGCGAGCAAUAGGGAUGAGACAAGCAACGACCGGCAUAAGCGGUGGGUAUGGCUAGCGCCCUAUGAGCGCGCUAUCCUAUGGAGUAGCAAGCAGCCUUCCAGCAACAGCACACUCAUGGGCAAGUCGGGCCGCAAAUUCACAAUUCAAUCUGUGCUCGAUGUCAAGGAUGAUAACCCAAGCCCGAAGGGUAAUCCAACUCUGUUUAACCGAUCAAUCCUCAUCCUGACCCCGCAACGGGCACUUAAAUUCACGGCGGUGUCAGCUGAGCGACAUUACAUCUGGUUGACGGCAUUAUCCUUCCUUGCGCAUUCGUCGCAGGCCAUCCCUGAAAUAGUGGCGGUUCAGCCACCGAAACCUAUCCCAGACUUUGAAUUACCACGGCCUAAACCAAGGCGGCCAGGAAUCCGUGACUCCAUUCGGCUCACUAAGAGCAAGGCCGCCUUCAGUAAAGCUGGCCCUCCGAGCGUACCUAGUAUUCCUGACGAACCGCCACCGUCGCAAAUAGGGGACAUAUCGACGUAUAGGAACCCCGACGCUUUCCCGCCCCUUCCCGGCAACCACCAACGUGAUGGCUCCCGUGAAGCCGCCGAGCCUCCCUACAUCCCAAGAUUCCAUGAGCGGAAUUUCCAGGAUAGAGGUAUCCAAGAACGAGCUAACAACGUCAUGGUCCAUGGCCGCAAGCGAAGCAAUACAGGUGGCCAUGUUCCACCACCAUUGUCCUUCCGGGGGUUUUCGGGCCCUGCCGGAAGCGGUUCCUAUCAGCAUACCGCAACGAAUAGCGUAGCGGGGGCCAGCAUUGGUACUGCCGGUUCGUCGGAUAUCUACCAGUCUCAAGCCUCGAGCACCGGAACGUGGGCCAUGAGCAACACGGCGUCUCAGCGGACAUCGGAAGCAUCCUCUCGCCCAAGCAAUUUUUUCGAUGCGAUCGGAACCGUCCGGAUGGAGGCAUUUAUCAGUCCACUUGCGUUCCCAAGACUGGACGGUUACCCUGAUGAGCUAGACGAAUUCCAAAACUUCGCGAGGAGAAGAAGCAAAGAACUUCGGAGGCGCAAUAGCCGCAAUCGAAAUCGUGACAGCUACCAUUCACGCGGUACGCGAGCCACGGACGACUGGAGUAGAAAUGGAGAGGAUGACUUCUUUUCUCGAGAUGAUCCAUUCAAAGGCUUUUGA